AUGUCACCAAAAAAUUCAGUCUUGAUCUUCUUCUUCCUGGCGCUAUUGCUUCCUUUAUCUUUGGUUGCUAAACCAGUUGCACGAGUUAACGGUGAUGUUGCGUACUCUUCUUUUACCACACCUAAUGGCUAUAUUCAAUACUCUGAACAAUUGACAAAGACAACCAUAGUCGGGAAAUGGAAUGAUGGAUUUACUGAUCCCAACUGGGCUAACUACAAAAUCUUGAUUGUGAACACUGCUACUCCCAGCACAGUGCUAUACGAUUUAACGCCUUUGUUCGCAGGCCCUAAACCAGUGCUCAUUCAAAAUGGCGGGACUGCCGGUUGGAGAUUUGACAUUACCGGACACUUACUUCGCCAGUGGAAUAAGCAGACAAUGCUUAUUAAGUAUAAGGGUAAUCCACUUGGUUCGGCACUUAUUAAUGGCCUUUGGGUGGGUGCUUAA